AUGGUCUCCGAAACAAGCCCACCGAAGAGCAUCGAGCAGACCUCCGCGGCUGCGCCUCAGCCUAAGGAGAAGCUCUUUGGAAGAAAGUUUUAUGAAAGCAUUGGCAGCCCAAAAUAUGUCGUUGCCCCAAUGGUCGACAGAUCCGAAUUCGCGUGGCGCAUGCUCACUCGAUCCUUCAUGCCACCAAACGAGCCGAAGCCUUUACUCGCAUACACCCCAAUGUUCCACGCACGUCUAUUCGGCGAACAAGAGAAUGUCCGGGCCAAACAUUUCCAACCUACCCGCAAAGCCGUCGGAGGGAACAAGGACGAAUUGUUUCUUGAUGGAAAUCCUACAAUUGACCGGCCGCUUUUCGUUCAAUUCUGCACAAAUAACCCAGAUGAGUUCUUGGAGGCUGCCCGCCAUGUGGCACCUCACUGCGACGCCGUGGACCUGAACCUUGGCUGCCCGCAGGGUAUCGCGAAAAAGGGACACUACGGAGCUUUCCUCCAAGAGGACUGGGACUUGAUCUAUAAGCUUGUGCACCGGUUGCACACUGAGCUCUCAAUCCCUGUCACGGUGAAAUUCCGUAUUCAGGAGACCAAGGAGAAGACAUUGGAGUACGCUAAAAUGAUCCUCUCCGCUGGGGCCAGCAUCAUCACAGUCCAUGGACGCAGACGGGAACAGAAGGGUCACAACACUGGAGUCGCCGACUGGGGCUAUAUCCGCUAUCUACGAGACAAUCUCCCCGCGGAUACGGUGAUUUUUGCCAAUGGAAACAUUCUUAACUACGGCGACAUCGAUACCUGUCUCGAGGCGACCGGAGCCGACGCCGUGAUGAGCGCAGAAGGAAAUCUAUCAGACCCGUCCAUAUUCAGCAAGCCGCCUCCACCCGGUACCGAAGGGAGAGAAUACUGGCGCGGGCGGGAUGGAAAGGGCGGUUACCGAGUCGACGCCGUCCUGCGACGAUACCUUGAUAUUAUCUAUAAAUACGUUCUUGAACAGCCGGUUCCAGAAAGGAAGCCACUUUAUCUUCCGUCCGACCCAGUUGAUGAGUUUGCAGAAACCGAUGAUGCCGAAGAUAACGGCGGCCACGAGGAUGGCCCGCUCAAGAAGAAGCAAAAGCGGAGCAAGGCCGAGAAGGGCAAGAAGUGUCACUCUGCCAGCCUCAGUUUCAUGCAGGGCCACCUCUUCCAAGUCCUGCGGCCAAUGGUUGCAACCCAUACCAACGUUCGAGAUGCUCUUGCGACAUCGAAGCCAGGUGACAUGGCCGCUUUUGAGCACACCCUGGUUCUUCUCGAGGAGGCUAUUAAAGGUGGACUGAAGGAGUAUGAGGCCUCUCCCGAGAAGUUUGAAGCGCAACCCGAUGAGACUUUGAAGGGAUCCAAAGCAGUGAUUGCGGAAUAUGGAAGGCCUUGGUGGAUUUGCCAGCCUCAUGUCCGUCCUCUGCCCGAAGAAGCAUUUGAAAGUGGAGCGAUGCGUGAAAAGGGCACAAAGCCUCCCUCUAAGAAUGAGAACGAAGAGAAGGAUACGCCUAAGGAGACUGAUACUCCUUCCGAGGGCACCAUCACGCCGGCCGAGGCUGCUACUAUUACUGCCACCAAUCUCACGCCCGAUCCUCUCGUGAGUGGAUAG